AAAAAUUAUAAAUGAGACACAGAUAUUCAUCCUCUCACUCCUAAUUAUUGAAUGAGAUCAUCUAGAGUGUAGAUUAAUAAGGAACCUAAAGAGAAGGACUUCAUCAAAGUAGCUCAAUAGUUAACUUAUAUCCCAAUUAUGCUGCCAUCGAUUAGUUAGGAAAGUCUACUUUCUUCAGCUAGAAACACAUCUAAUCAAUCUUCAAAACCUCUCACUCGAAGGAGAAUGAAUAAUCAUAGUCAAUCAAGAUUAUCUCUCCAUACUAAAAAAUCUGAUUUGACUCCUCUAACAAUAAGAUCUCACAGCCCUGUAAGCUAAUUUUAGUAGCAAUAUUUUGAUGCUAUAAAGAAUGAUGAUUGUGAAUAAGCUAUGGCGAUAUUAAUAAACAUGAUGAUUCUAACUGUUGAUUAAGAUAACUUAUGUUAGUUGAUUAAAACGUUUAGAGUUGCAUCGCUAACAUUGUUACAUUUCCGAGAGUAUGGAAAAUCAAUAAUAUAUGCGAAGAAUACAAUAUUUUUAAGCGAAUUUGCUCGAGAUUUCGAAACCAUUUAAUGGGCAUUGCUACAUUUGGGAAUCAUAUGCAAAUAAUUAUAAAAAUAUGAGAUUGGAAAAAUCUUCAUAAAAAAAUCGAUAGAAUUUACAUGGUUCAUGUAAAAUUAGGAUGAGGAAUUGAGAUGCUAUGAGGAAUUGGGAAAAUUGUGUUAUUUCAACCGUGAAUUGGAACUUGCAAAACAGUUACACGAUAUGAGCAUGGUCGGUAACCAGAGAAGUGAUUCUAUUUUAACUAUAAGUAAAAAAGGAAUUCAAUAAUUAAUCAAUAAUUAUCCUCCGUAAUAGAUAUCUAUUGAUCAGAAUAUUUUAUCAAAAAUAGUUGACUUUCCUUUUGUUAUACGAGCAACUAAAGAAGACAGAGAUACUUAAAAUAGAUAUCUCAGAUAGCAAAAAUUAGAAUGUGUUUAUAUUGACAGAAUGUAUCCUCAAAGUGUAGAAGAGAUACUAAACAAAGUAUUAUAAAACCAUAAUUUCUUUUUUGAGAUUCCUAUUCCAAUUGACUCAUCUUACAAAGUUGUGAAACCUAAAUCAAGAAAGGACAGAAUAAAAUCUACUUAAAUGAUUACUUGGAUUAAAUUAGCUAUAGAAAAAUAAAAAAAUCCAGAAUAUAAAUUCUAACCUAAACCUCCAGUUGAAAAAGUAGAAAAGAGAAAGCUUACCUUAGAUUAAGCAGUGACUGAGAGGGUUAAAGAUAAGAUUAGAAGUAGUAUGGAAAUAAUAUAAGAGAUCAAAUGCAUGAAACCAAAAAAUGGCGAUGUUAUUCGAUUGACGCAUGAAAAGGAUCAUAAGAGAAUUCACGAACAUUCUAAGAAGGAACUUCUAAAAUAUGCAGAGUCAAGUUUUUUAAAUAAAAACGUAAAGGUUUCUUUUAGUUUGCUUAUUUAAUGA